CCAAAACAAAAUGAACGUGCACUUCUUUUCAGCUCUCCCUUUUGACGUUCCAAAUUUUCCUCUCCAAGAAAGAAAAAAAAAAAAAAAAACCGAAGAUUUUCCUCUCAUUCUUGCAUCCUCUCAACAUCUUGGUUCCAUUUUUUCAUGCAAAACUCAUUGAUAAUGUUUCAUGCUUGUGCCUUAGUAAUAAUAAGGCAAUGCAUAUAUAAAUCAUAAAAAAGAAAGGAAAAAAAAAAUAAAAAUCUCUAGCUAAUCUAUGCAUUGGGAUUAAACAUAAAAGGAAGUGGUGACAAAAUAUAUUUCUAUAUACAUACAUAUACAAGAGGUGAUUGGAUUGAGAAAAGAAGAAAAAAAAUGGCAGAUAUGAACGCAACCGCAGAUGAGAUGGUGUGUUAUUCACCAACUAUGAUAACAACAAAUGGAAUAUGGCAAGGAGAUAACCCUUUAGACUAUUCUCUUCCUCUCUUCAUUCUACAAGUUAUUUUAGUUGUUAUUGCCACCCGAAUCUUCGUCUUCAUACUCAAGCCCAUUCGUCAGCCACGCGUUAUAGCCGAAAUCUUGGGAGGGAUAGUAUUGGGUCCUUCUGUUCUUGGUCGAAACAAAACAUUUGCAGAUGCUGUUUUUCCUCUAAGAAGUGUGAUGGUGAUUGAAACAAUGGCAAACGUUGGUCUUUUAUAUUUUCUAUUCUUGGUUGGAGUAGGCAUGGAUGCAUCUGCACUACGACGCAUAGGUAGAAAAUCAAUUACCAUAGCAGUAGCUGGUAUGAUAUUACCAUUCGGAACAGGAGCACUAUUUUCCAUCUUUUUGUUAAAAAACACCGAAAAAGCUUAUGUAGGAGCUUUUGUUCUAAUGCUUGGUGUUGUUCUUUCUGUUACUGCAUUUCCUGUUCUUGCUAGGAUCCUUGCAGAGCUAAAACUGAUCAACACAGAGUUGGGCAGGGUUGCUCUUUCAUCUGCACUCAUUAAUGAUGUUUUGUCAUGGGUACUUUUGGCCAUAGCAAUUGCUAUGGCAGAGAAUGAAAGAGUUACUUUGGCUUCUAUAAUGGUUGUGUUGUCAAGUGCAGCAUUUGUUGCUUUUAAUGUUUUUGUUGUAAGACCAAUAAUCAUGUGGAUAAUAAGGAAAACACCAGAAGGCGAAACGUUUAGCGAUUUCUAUAUUUGUUUGAUACUAGCAGGUGUGAUGAUAUCUGGUUUCAUCACAGAUGCUAUUGGAACUCAUUCUGUUUUUGGAGCUUUUGUGUUUGGUUUGAUUAUUCCAACUGGACCACUUGGUUUUGCUCUUAUUGAAAAGCUUGAGGACUUUGUUUCUGGACUUUUGCUUCCUCUCUUUUUUGCAAUUAGUGGCCUAAAGACUGACGUUGGCCUCAUCGAUGGUCCUUCUACAUGGGCAGUUAUAAUCCUUCUUGUUAUUUUGGCUUGUGUUGGCAAAGUGGUUGGAACUUUAAUUGUUGCUCUUAGUUAUCAAAUGUCAGUUUCUGACGGAGCUGCACUUGGCAUGCUCAUGAACACAAAAGGCCUUGUUGAAAUUCUUGUUCUUAACAUCGGUAGGGAUCAAAAGGUUUUGGAUGAGGGGGCAUUUGCAACCAUGGUGGUUAUAACUAUAAUGAUGACUGGAUUGAUUGUACCUGGAAUAUCAAUUAUAUAUAGACCAUCAAGGGGAAUGAUAUCUUACAAAAGAAGAACAAUUCAAAUGUCAAAAAAAGAUGCAGAGUUUAGAGUACUAGUGUGUAUUCAUACCCCUAGAAAUGUUCCAACAAUGAUCAACCUCCUGGAAGCCUCAAAUCCAACAAAAAAGUCACCAAUAUGUAUCUAUGUUGUCCAUUUAGUUGAACUUACCGGUCGAACAUCAGCAUUACUCAUUGUCCAUACCUCUAGAAAAUCAGAUCACCCGGCUCUUAACAGGACUGAAGCUCAAUCUGAUCAUAUUAUCAAUGCCUUUGAAAACUAUGAACAACAUGCCGAACAUGUAUCAGUCCAACCUUUGACUGCAAUCUCCCCUUACUCUACAAUGCAUGAAGAUAUAUGCACUUUAGCCGAAGAAAAGCGUGUCGCCUUUAUAAUCAUCCCUUUUCAUAAGCAACAAACAGUUGAUGGCGGAAUGGAAUCAACAAACAUGGCAUUUCGAACUGUUAACCAAAAUGUAUUAGCGAAUUCGCCUUGUUCGGUUGGAAUUCUAGUAGAUAGAGGCUUAAAUAGUUCAAACCGUCUAAUAGCUGAUCAAAUGUCUCAUCAUAUAGCAGUUUUGUUUUUUGGAGGACCAGAUGAUAGAGAAGCAUUAAGUUAUGGUUGGAGAAUGUCGGAACAUUCUGGAAUAAGUCUAACCGUAAUGCGUUUUGUUCCUGGAGAUGAAAUAACGAUGAACGAAAAUAUUAGUACCCGUGAUAACAAUGUAAAUAGACAAAGAGUAUUAGAUGUUGAAACAGAAGAAGAUAGUGAAAAGCAAAUGGAUGAGAAGUUUUUGCAUUGGUUCACAAUGAGCCAUGUGAAUGAUGAUUCAAUUGCAUAUAUUGAAAAGGUUGUAAACAAUGGCGAGGAAACUGUCGCAGCGAUAAGGUCUAUGGGUGAUGUAUUUGGCCUUUUUAUAGUUGGGAGAGGACAAGGAGUUAUAUCACCGCUGACGGCAGGGCUAACUGACUGGAGUGAGUGUCCUGAAUUAGGAGCAAUUGGUGAUUUGUUAGCAUCAUCUGAUUUUGCAACAAUUGCUUCAGUGUUGGUAGUUCAACAAUAUGUUGGAGCUGGUACUGAAGAUGGAUUGGGAACACCAGUGUUAACAAAUGAAGAUUAUGUUAGUCAUCAUUCUGUUACACCACCAAGGGGGCAUCAAUCUGUUUUUAAUACAGAAAGGUUGUGAUUGUGAUUAUAUUUUGUUGGUUCCUAAUACUUGGUGUGACAAAAAAAUAAUUACUUCUUCUACUAACUUUUCUUCUUUUAUUUUUAACUUUUGAAUUAGAUGUUCAUGUGUAAGAAUUAUUUGCUUUUA